AUGGCGGCUCGAUGGGGCUCGUUCCUUUCCCAGGCCGUGGCCGGCGUCGAGGCUCGGCUGGAUAACAUCCUGGCCGAGGACGAAGACGGCCAACCACUACAGCAGCAGAAGGAGUCGUCCUCCAAGCCGUCGACUCCCACGCCACCGGUCAAGCAGAGUCCCUCGAGAGCCGCCUCGACCACGCGCACCAAUGACCGGCUUCAAGAACGGCUCGCCCGAGCCAUGGCUGCCAAAGCCGCCGCUCGAAACUCUAUGUCCGCUCAAGGGAGUCCACGACAGAGCUUCGACGCACCGAACCGCAGCUCGAUCGACAGUAUAGACCGCCCGAGCCCGAGCCCGACUUCGAAGGAAUUUCCGAAGGAUACACCGUCGCCUAGGGCGUCGCAAGAUAUUGCCAGGACCUCGCAGGACGGGGGAUCGCAACCGGAUGCGAAGGAGGACACGGCCGCCCGCGAGGCGCAAACUCGGGUAUCGGGGGACGAAUCGAAUGGCGCGAGAGCCUCUUUAGAUGAAGCACCGCCCAGGGCCCCCACGCCAACAGCAAUACCAGACGCCAAAGCCCCAGUGGCCGAGCCACAAGACGAGACGAAGACGACCGCUGACGCCCCCGACACCACCGACAGGACGGCCGAAGUUGAAGAGAAGGAAAGCGAGAAGGCCCAGGAUCCACAAUCCCUACACCAAGAGGAGAUCCACGGGUAUGUGGAGCGCAUCGAUGCGCUGGAGGCCAAACUACAGUUCCUAGCAAGGGAAGCUUCAGACUCAGCAAGGCAAGCUGCGCUAGCAGCCCCAGCUGGGAGUCUCGAGAAGAAGCUGGCGGAAAAGGACCAACAGAUCGCCCAGUUGAUAGAGGAGGGCAAAAACCUCGCGAGCACAGAUCACAGGCACCGCGCAUUAGUAAAGAAACUACGCACGAAUAUCGCAGAGAACGAGAAGGACAUCGGGGCCUUCCAGACGGCAAAGGCCAAAUCGGACCGGGAACUCGAGGCGUUACGCAGCCGCGCGCGCCGAGCCGACGAACUCGAAAAGACACACCACGAGCUGCAGAAGCGAUUCGACCAAACACAGAGGGAGCUCAACACCCACCGAUCUGACGUCCGCUCCAAGGACAGCACCAUCUCCGAGCUGCGCUCGCAACUCCGCAAAGCCACCGAGCAGGCCGACGCCAUGACAGCCAAGGUGAACGACCAGGCGCGGGAGCAAGACAAGCGGAAGAUUGCGGAGCUCGAAGAGGAACUAGCUGCUGUGAAAGUGGAAAAGAACCUAGUCGCCGACCGCGGUAAGGCGCAGGCCACAGAGCUGCGGGAGAAAGCGGACCGGGCUACCGAGCGGGCGCGCGCGUUGGAAAUCGAGCUCAAGGGCGAGGUGCAGGCGCUGGAGGGGAAACUCGAGGCGAUGCGCAUGCGGGCCGAGGAGGCGUCGUCGGGCGUGGCGGGGGAUUCGCAGGCGAAACUGCUGCGGCAGGUCGAGACGCUGCAGACGCAGUACUCGAUUGCGAGCGAGAACUGGCAGGGGAUUGAGACGUCGCUGCUGGCGCGGAUUGGGGGCAUGGAGAGGGAGAGGGAUGAGGCGCUGCAGAGGGAGUCGGACAUGCGGAGGAAGGCGAGGGAAGCUGCUGUCCGCGCAAAACGCCAGGCGGAGGAACUGGAAGAGGCCAAAACCCAGAUUCCCACCAUCCAGGAAGACGUCAAGUCCUCCUACCAGAAGCAGCUCGAUGCGCUCAAGAAGCGCGCCGAGGAAGCCGAAGCGGCUCUCGCCAAAGCCAGGGCCGAGUUCGAGCAGCAGAAACAAUCGUGGGACGCCGAGAAGGAGGAACAGCGUCAACAACUCCGUGACGCCGCGCCUGAACGCCCGCGCUCCUGGCUCGAGGGUCUCCCGGGCAACUCGUUCCUCAAGCCCGACAGUCGCCCAGCCUCACCGCAACUCGCCACCCCACAACGGACCUUCAGCACCGACUUCCUCGGCAUCUCCUCCCUCAGCAGCAAAGCCCGCAAGGUCUCGGGCAACCCAUCAAGCGCCAGCGACGCCGGCGCCGCAGCCACUUUCGACCCGCGCUUCUCCCGCCGUCCAUCCGCCCAGCACCCGCCUGUCCGGCCCACCAUCGCCUCCCCACCCACGGGCAGCGGCGUGUUCAGUCCACUGAGUAUCCUCAGCCCAACCUCCGAAGCAGCCCCGUCCGCCGGCCUCGGCCUCGGCGUGGGCUUGGGCUUGGUCCACAACGUCCAACGCGGCGAAGACGCCUUCAGCCCCAGCCCCACCCUCGAACACCAUCACCACCAACCCCCCCACCGCACCUCCUCCCCGCAACCCAUCCUCCCACAAGACCUCAUCUCCGUCUCCACCGUCGCCGCCGGCCCCUCCGUCCAACUCGUCGAGCGCAUGAGCGCCGCCAUCCGCCGCCUCGAAAGCGAAAAAGUCACCGCCCGCGAAGAACUGGCACGCAUCGCGCGACAACGGGACGAUGCCCGCGGGGAGAUAGUCGCGCUAAUGCGGGAAGUGGAGGCGCAUAAGGCGGCGGUGCAGAAGGUGGAAGGGUUGGAGGGGGAGGUGGCGGAGGUGAAGGCAAGGUAUGGCGCUGCGUUGGAGUUGUUGGGGGAGAAGAGUGAGGAGGUGGAGGAGUUGAGGGCGGAUGUCGCGGAUGUUAAGGCCAUGUAUCGGGAUUUGGUGGAGAGGACUGUUAAAUAG